AGUCGUAAAAUAAAAUGAGUUUGCGUGCAAUGCGGGAGCAGAAGUUUGCACUGAGCGCAUUAAAUGAAUCGGGGGAGAAGUAAAGGGAAGGCUGUCAGAAAGAAAGAAAGACAAGGAAGCACAUUUUGGAGAAAAGUUGAACCAGAAGACUGCAGCUGAAAAUGAGUCUGGAGGAGAUGUGGUGAGCGCUUCCUCUCCGAGUGAACGCCAGUAGGUUACAGUGGAAGCAGAGGUCGGGAAGAAGUGUCACAACGCCAAACCAUUGCAGAUGGAGGUGGAUGCAGACGAUAAGCGCCACCGCACACGCUCCAAAGUGCCUGUGGAUCCGGCAUUAACACAGCUUUUCAGUGUGUACGGAUGCCCCGUGGCCAAGAAGAGAAAGAGUCUAGACAGGCAAACCUUGGAGACCUCCCCCAAAAGAAGCACCUACCUAGACGACAUGGACAACUCCACAAUGGAGGAGUGCUACGAGACGGAUGGAACAGAGGAGAUGGACGACAGGGAGGAGGAAGAGGAUGGUGCGCUAGAGGAAGAGGAGGAGGAGGGGGAGGUGGAGGAGGUUGAAGGCUAUAUGGACUACAAUGAAGAGCAAAUGGAGCAUGAGGAAGGCGAGGUGGGGAGAGGAGAGGCUGAGGAAGAGGUAGAUGUGGAGGAAGAGGAAGAGAGAGUGGAGGAGGAGGAGGAGGAGGAAGAGGAGGAGACAGUGGCGGUGGAGGAGUAUGAAGAGGGGGAGGAGGAAGAGGAGGAGGAAGGGGAGCAAGGGCAAGAGGAGGAGCCGAUGAGAGGCGGUGAGGUCAACAGUGGAGGAGGAGGUGAAGGUGGCGGUGGCGGGAACGCCAAGUCGGGUCCCGCAAUGGAGAAGGAUGACAACAACAACGACGAGUACGAGAACUACGACGAGCUUGUGGCCAAAUCGCUGCUCAACCUGGGCAAGAUUGCGGAAGACGCCGCCAACCGGGCCAUGACGGAGUCUGAGAUGAACAGCAACUCCUCUCACAGUGCGGAAGAGGAAGAGGAGGAGGAGGAGGAAGAGGAGGAAGAUGAAGAAGAGGAAGAGGAGGAGGAAGAAGAGGAGGAGGAGGAGGAAGAGGAGGAGGAAGAAGAAGAAGAAGAAGAGGAGGAGAACGAGGAAACCCCAACAGGCAAUCACAACGAUCUGAGUUUGGACGUUCAUAGCGACGUGGUUCGAGAGACCGUGGACUCGCUCAAACUUCUGGCACAGGGACACGGUGCCGUGUUGUCGGACAAUUUAGAAGGACAGGACUAUGAGGGAGGCGUUGCUGGACACGGAGACUGUUCCCACAACGGCGUCGGUGUGCACGGCGGGGGGAACGGACUAAAUAAGAGUACUGGGAACGGACCUUUUGAAAACAGCGACGAGGAAGUGUGUCUAAGCAGUCUGGAGUGCCUACGGAAUCAAUGCUUCGAUCUCGCUCGCAAACUGAGCGAAACGAAACCCGCCGACCGCAACGGCUCGUUCCAGCAGAAUCAUUACCUAUGCGGGGACAUGAACCAGCAGCCCCAGCAUCACGGCUACGGGGACUUCCAGCACAGCCAGGACGACAGACGAACGCUGGACAGAAACUAUUCCGACAUGGACAAUCUGAUGAAGCUGGAGGAGCAACUGAGCCCGCGAUCCAAGGCCUUCGCCAGUUGCGCGCAGGGGGAACGUUUUCACCACCGGGACUUUGACGAAGACACGGCCUCCGUCACGUCGGACAGGUCCGAGGAAGUGUUUGACAUGACCAAAGGGAACCUGUCGUUGUUGGAAAAGGCCAUUGCGCUGGAGUCCCAACGUGCCAAGGCGCUGCGGGAUAAGAUGGAGGCGGAAGCAGCCAGGAGAGACGGCGUGAGGUACGGCCACGAUGACCACGGCUCACGGCAUGCCUAUGCCAUUGAGCGGAAAGGGCGACUCCCUGAUGGAAUGAAGAAGCUUUUCUACCAUAAAGAUGCUUCGCGCGCCGACAAGAAAGAAAGUCGGUGCCCAACGCCGGGCUGCGACGGCACGGGUCACGUGACCGGCUUGUACCCUCACCAUCGGAGCCUGUCGGGCUGUCCGCACAAAGACAGAGUGCCGCCAGAAAUUGUGGCUAUGUAUGAGAACGUUCUUAAGUGUCCUACGCCUGGCUGCACUGGACGCGGCCAUGUCAAUAGCAACAGAAACUCCCAUAGGAGUCUGUCUGGAUGCCCCAUCGCUGCAGCUGAGAAGCUGGCCAAGGCCCAGGAGAAACACCAGAGCUGUGACGGCUCCAAGCCCAACCAGGCUUCUGACAGAGUCUUAAGGCCUAUGUGCUUAGUCAAACAACUGGACUAUCCUCAGUAUGGUGACGAGAACAAUGUUUCCACCAGUACACCUCGAUCCAACCUGGCCAAGGAGCUGGAGAAGUACUCCAAGACCAGCUUUGACUACAGCGCCUUCGAGGGCACCAACAACCACCAAAUGUACGGCAAACGGGCCAUUGCACCCAAGGUUCACGGGCACAGGGAUACCUCGCCCAAAGGAUUUGACGCUAAGCGCUACUGCAAGAACUCCAGCUCAGCCAGCAGCACCACCAGCACUUACGCUCCAAGCAGCAGCAGCAGCAGUCUGAGCUGUGGAGGUGGAGGAGGGGGCGUCGGAGGCGGCGGCGGCAGCAGCGCCAGCAGCACCUGCAGCAAGAGCAGCUUCGACUACAGCCACGACAUGGAGGCCGCGCACAUGGCCGCCACGGCCAUCCUCAACCUGUCCACGCGCUGCCGAGAGAUGCCUCACGGAAUGGGAGGAAAGCCGCAGGAUCUGUGCUCGCAGAGUCCCAGCCUGGAUGUUGACGAGAACGGUACUUUGGACCUGAGUAUGAGCAAGCGUCUAUGCGGCGGCGGCGGCGGAGGCGGCGGCGGCGGCGACUCUGUGCUCACCCCGCUAGAACCCAUGUCCCCCCAGAGGCAAGCUGCCCUUCUGGGCUCCCGCUGCUACGGCAUGGGCGACGCUGCCGACUGUUGGGACCUGCCUGUAGACUACACCAAGAUCAAACACAUAGAUGAGGACGAGAAAGAGGAUGACCUGGACCCCUUUCAGGAUCUACUGGAGGACCGCUCCUACAGCACCGACGUAAACAUGGCCAGUCCCAAGCCCAAGUAUGCCCAGUGCAAGGAGAGUAAGAAGGACCUGCUAACUCUCUCAGGUUGUCCACUGGCUGAUAAAAGUAUUCGGAGUAUGCUGGCCAACAACGCGCAAGAGCUCAAGUGCCCGACACCAGGGUGCGAUGGUUCGGGACAUAUCACUGGCAACUACGCCUCUCACAGAAGCCUCUCAGGGUGUCCACGGGCCAGGAAAAGUGGAAUAAAGAUCAUCCACAGCAAAGAAAACAAAGAAGACCAAGAGCCAAUCAGGUGCCCUGUUCCUGGAUGUGACGGUCAGGGUCAUGUGACGGGAAAGUAUGCAUCCCACAGAAGUGCGUCAGGAUGCCCCAUAGCUGCCAAGAGACAAAAAGAUGGCUACCUAAACGGCAUCCAGUUCACGUGGAAGUCCGGCAAGACGGAGGGAAUGUCCUGUCCCACGCCGGGCUGCGACGGCUCGGGACACGUCAGCGGUAGUUUCCUCACACACCGAAGUUUGUCAGGCUGUCCGCGUGCCACCUCGGCGAUGAGGAAAGCCCGGCUCUCUGGAGUGGACAUGCUCACAAUUAAGCAGCAGCGCAGCAACAACGGCUUGGAUCACGACGAGGAGCUCAAACAACUGGAUGAAGAGAUCAAAGACAUUAGUGACUCCAAUUCACAAGUGGAAGCGGACAUGAUCAAACUCAGAACUCAGAUCACCACUAUGGAGUCCAACUUGAAGUCCAUGGAAGAGGAAAACAAGGUGAUUGAACAGCAAAAUGACUCUCUGCUGCAUGAGCUGGCCAACCUCAGCCAGUCACUGGUUAACACUUUAGCUAAUGCCCAGCUCCCCCAUAUGAAACCGCUGGCACACAAAGAACCUCUUCUUCGGACUAAUAGCUGCUUACAGCUCCACCAGCAAGAGCCCAUUGAACAAAACUUUGACGCCUAUGUCACUUCCUUAACGGACAUGUACACAACCCAAGAGCAGUACCACAGUCCGGAAAACAAAGCCUUGUUGGACAACAUCAAGCAGGCGGUCCAAGGGAUCCAAGUGUAAUCGUAUACAAAAGGCGACCUCAUGUUCACCCCCCUGCAAGAUGUGGGCCAGCUCUCUCAAUCCUCAAGAGGGCUGAAGGCUCCGUCUAUUUGGUGCAGAGCAUUUACAUAUAAUGUACAGUGUUAAAUAUUGGGAAUACUUCAAAAAGAAAAAACACACAGAGAUGUAUCAUGCUUAGCAAGGGACAAUUUCUUUUUUUUUUGUCUUGCUUCGAGGAAGAACACACAAGCAAAAUAGUUUUUGAGGACAUUUUGUACGUUUUCAUAUGAGCUGACGGUGUCAUGUCGUGUUUCUAGCUGCUCACAUAUGCACAUUUUUGUGUAUACCAUUGAACAGUAAGCUAACGGAAGCACGAGUUCUUUUUAUUGCUUGACCGCAGAGCAUUUUAGACGACAAAAUAAAAGCGGAGCUGGACACUGAUCGAAAAGGACGACAAAACACGUGAAGAUGAAAACAUUUGUUUUGCCUCAACGGGUGGUUUUAGAAUUUUCUUUUUUUUUCUAUGUCUUGCUUGUGGAGUGUUGAAGGGCAAGAGCUGGCUUGCAAAUGACUUUAUUUUUGACAAUGCUUGACAAAUGUGUUUUCUUUUUCUCAACAAAAAAAAAGGAAUUCGUGUAGCUGAAUUGGUGCUGUACAUGAACCUGGAUGGGGAAAACUGACCGGACGUAUGUAUGAAUGUAUGUAUGAGCAGUUAUAUUGUAAACAUCAUUACACGGAAACCCGAUGGUGGAAAUCCCGUUAUUUAGGAGACCAAAUUAAUUCCUAGGGGAACAGAAUUGUGCAGUGCACGUGCAUCUCAUUCUAGAAUCUCAAUUGCAACUAUAGAGACAGAGCUAGAGCUAUCAUUCACAUCCUCCUAUGGAUCCAAAUUUUGUUGCUAGAAUCAAAUAAUACUUCAGCAAUACAAAACGUAAAUCAUUUGUGUAUCGUAGUGAUGAGGUACAAUCUACAAAGGGACAAAAUAUAGGCUAUAUGCAAUUUCUUCUUUAUAAACCAAGUGGCUCAACACUAAUCUUUUUCAUAUAUCUAUGUAAAAUAGUGAUUUUUUUAUAUAAAUCUUUUAAUACAAAAAGUUUUUUAAAAGAACAAAGGAGGAAUGGGAUGGUUGCGUUCUCCGAGUUUGUUCCACUGUUUUCUGUCACAUUUUGCACAGGGACACCUUCGUUUCCAUGUUCUGAUGUUCCUACAGAACUAAAAGCAGUACCCGAGAGACGAAAAGGAGGCUUUUGUAAAGAGUAUUUAUAGACAGCAGGACUUACAGGGUCACUGUCCCCACGUAUGUGCCAGUAGACUAUUUGCACUUGUCCUUGAAGAUAUUAUCCUUAGAUAUGGCGACGUGCAAUUUUCCAGGUGACCUCUUUGGCACACGAUUGGAGCAACUAACAGCUUGGAGCCACUGUGUGGAAUAAGUACCACGGAGAGAAAAAAAAAGGAAGAACAGGGAAGAGGAUGACUAUAACCAUAGCAGCUGUACUGUAGGCUAUUGUAAAAACAUGUUCAUUUUUGCGAAGUUUUAGGAAGAUGACCACGUUAUCCCCCAGCAGCACUUUAUAUCUAAUCACUGUACAAAGGAAUUAAGUAAUCAAUCAAUUUUAAGGUUUAAAAAAAAAAAAAAAAAAAAAAGCAGACGAUAACAAAGGCCCGGUGGAACGAGACCUUUCCAUUCUGUCGUCAUCAAAAUUUGCCUUGUCCGGCCGGAGCCAAUGGAGCUGAUUGUCAUCCAAUGAACUUUGCCCUUCCACUUCCAAGACUCUCUCCUGCACAUCAUCCAUGACUGCAUUGGCCUUUUUCCACGGCAUUGUGUCUGCAGCUUUUUGGACAAUAUAGUGAUGCUUCAGUAGAGUAAUUGUUAGUUCAACUUUUUGGGAUGAAUUGUCAUUAUCAGUCCAAAUGGAACAAGGGAUUAUUAAAGCACAAACGGCUCAUCAAGAACAAAUCUGAAGAGUUAUCUGUGACUAUCUAAGGAAGGUUGCCACAUGUUUAGAAUGAUGACUUUUCAUUAAAAAGAAUAAUCAUUGAGAAAAAAAAAAAAAAGAUUGUGAGAUCAUCAGAUUUUCUUACUUUAUUUGCACCAUUAAAUUUUGAGAUGGGUUUCAGUGACCAUGAACAAAGACUGGAUUUUGUAUAAACUAUCGUGCUCUCUGUGGAACUGAAGUUUGAUUUAUUUUUGUACGACACAGCAUGGAUUUGUUGACAUUUUAAUUUUGCUAUAAAUGUGUGAGAUCACAAGUUGCUGUGAUAUUUCAUUUAUAAAUGGUGAACUUUGUACAAUCUUUGUCAUGCUGGAUGUGGACACAUCUUACUCGA